UCAACCUACUAGCUUCCAAAUUCUUUUGUGCAAGUCCCUAUUUCGGUUAUUUCUUUUUUAGAUUGUGUUUUUAAGAAGUCAUAAUAUAUGAAAAUGGGGUUGUCAAAAAAAAAAAAAUAUAUGAAAAUGGGGAUUUUUGGUUUGAAACUGAAAUAGUUGAAGAAGUUAUAAUUAAAAAAAAGUAGCAGCAAUAUAAGUUGCAGAGAAGCGCAAAUGCAAUAAAUCAACGGAAGAGGGAGAGAAAAUGCUGUGCAUGAAUACAGCCUUACUGACUACUUAUCCUUCGAAGCUCAGAGUAUGGAAUUCAUCAGAGUUAUCAAUUCCAGAAAGAAGAACUCAUUUUCAUAACAACUCUUACUCAGAAAAUAAUCACGGCGAAGUCUCACUGGUGGGUUCGAAAAUUCCAUUGCCUGCUCACGUCAAAUCCAUUACCAGCACUUCAAACCCUUUUGUGAAGCACUGUCUCAAGCUCCGCCUCAGCUCCUCUUAUCGACAUACUUAUGGUUCUGUUCUCGUCGUUGGUGCCACCCCUAUCAGGGAGAUAUAUAAAUUUCAAGAGUCAUUACAUGAGAAAACUGUCAAAAUGGAUUGUUUACUUGUACUCGAUAAAGCUGAAAUACCUGACGAGAUAGGUGGCUUUUCUGCUCGUAUUGUGCGUGUGAGCAAUGCAGUGAUGAAAAAGCUUUCUGGGUUGCAAUCAACUGAAUCUAUACAAGUAAUUGGUCUCAUGAGCAUUCCUACCAGUUUCUUUAACUUAGAUGAUCAGCAACAAGAAGCAGGCUGUGAAAGAUGGUUCCCAGUUGCACAUAGGAUUCUGGUCCUUGACGGCAUCCAGGAUCCUGGAAAUCUUGGUACGUUGGUCAGAUCAGCCAUGGCCUUUAAAUGGGGUGGAAUUUUUCUACUUCCUGGCUGUUGUGAUCCAUUCAACGAUAAAGCAAUCCGGGCAAGCCGAGGAGCCUCAUUUCAGCUGCCUAUAGUUUGUGGCAGUUGGUUCCAUCUUGAAAACCUCAUAAGUGAAUUUCAAGCAAAAAUGCUAGCUGCACAUCCAGAUAGUCAUGAUAAAAGGAAACCAGUCUUCCAACUUUCUCAAAAACUUGCCGAUUCUUAUUCAAAUCUUCCGUUGUGCUUGGUUCUGGGUAGUGAAGGGGGUGGCCUAUCAGAGAAAUCUCGACAUGAGUGUGAGCUUGUGAGCAUUCCAAUGGCAGGACAGUUUGAGUCUCUCAAUGUUUCAGUUGCUGGUGGCAUUUUAUUGUACAUGCUGCAGCCCAGAAAUUAAAUUUUGGUCUCAUUCUUCAUAUGAAAAUUACAUUGUGGCAUAAUAUAAUAUGUGCAAACAAAACUCAAUCAGCAUUGGCAUAAUCUCAAGAUGAGGUGUCUUAAUUUUGUUUUUAUUGUACAUAAAAAACAUAUGUAUUUCGCUUCAGGUAUGUAGGACAUUAUGGUUUCUUGGUUUGAAAUAUAGCACAGGAUUCUUUUCUUGUAAA